GAAGGAUUUAAUCACGUGAGGGGCAAAGUAGGCAACCCGCCAUUGUUCAAGUUUUCUUGCUACGUGUGGAGAGCGUAUUUUGGUAGUCUCUAACGUUGUUUUAGUCUUUGAUUUUAUGUUUUGUCUGGACUACAGUUCAAGCAAGGUUACUUUCAAGUGUUGGUGUGCAGUAGAAGGCGUAUAAGGAGCGAAUUAUGGCGCCGACAACAGAUAGCAAGGCAGGAGUGACAAGUACUGAAGAAGACUCGAUCAAGGUGUAUGUCCGUGUUCGGCCGCCAGAUGAAGCGGAGGACAGUUACGAGCAGAGCAUGUGCCUGGCGGUGCAGGCCCCUAAUGUCAUUGUGAUGGACUGUAAGCCUGACCCCAGGAGAUACACGUUUGACCAUGUGGCUGACAUCAAUACAACACAGGAAGCAGUGUUUGGUGCAGUGGGAAGGAAAAUAAUCGAAAGCUGUGUUGGUGGCUACAAUGGAACAAUAUUUGCGUAUGGCCAGACAGGAUCAGGAAAGACUUUCACCAUGUUGGGCCCACUGGAGGAUGGUGAUGAUUUCCGGCAUGAGUUACGUGGUGUGAUUCCUCGCAGCUUUGAGUAUCUCUUCAACUUGAUAAGCAGGGAGCAAGAAAAGCGUGGAGAUGCUGUGGAGUUUGUGACAAGAUGUUCGUUCCUGGAGAUCUACAACGAGCAGAUUUUUGACCUGCUGGACACGGCGUCCACUGGUCUGCACCUGCGAGAGAACAUCAAGAAGGGAGUGUUUGUGGACGGACUGAUUGAGCAGAAUGUCACCAGUGCAGUAGAGGCCCAUCAGGUGCUGUCUGCAGGAUGGGUGAAUCGCAGAGUUGCCUCCACUUCCAUGAACAGGGAGUCAUCUAGGAGCCAUGCUGUCUUCACUCUCACUAUAGAGUCCAAGGAGAAGAAAGGCGGAGUGAUGAACAUCCGGUGUUCCCAGCUGAACCUGGUGGAUCUGGCCGGGAGUGAGAGACAGAAGGACACACAUACUGCAGGAGUCCGGCUCAAGGAAGCUGGCAGUAUCAACAAGUCCCUCAGUGCUCUGGGGAAUGUGAUCAUGGCCUUAGUAGACAUCGCCCAUGGGAAGACUCGUCAUGUCCCAUACAGGGACUCCAAACUCUCCUUCCUUCUCAGGGAUUCUCUAGGAGGCAAUGCAAAAACCUACAUCAUUGCCAACGUCCAUCCAGGCUCCAAGUGUUUUGGAGAAACCUUGUCGACUCUGAACUUUGCUCGUCGGGCAAAGAUGAUCAAGAACAAGGCAGUUGUAAAUGAAGACCUGCACGGUAAUGUCUCCCAGCUACAAGCUGAGAUCAAGAAACUUAAAGAAGAGCUGGCAGACUACAAGGCGGGGGGUGUACCACAACAUUUAGGGGGAUCAGCUCAAGGGGAUGGUGGUGCUGUGGACAGCAAGUACAAGAAAUGGUUCUGUGAUGCGAUGUUCCUUAGAAACAAGGCUGAAGAAGAACAGAAGGCAAAGGAAGACAAGAUCCAUCAGCUUGAAGACCUGUGUAAGAAGAAGGAGAAGUUUGUCCAGUCCAGUAAGAUGAUCAUCAAGCUGCGAGAAAGCCACAUCAGCUGUCUGGAGAAGGGCGGGGCAGGAGCUCUGGGAGACACUGAGAAGGACCAGAUCAUCAGAGACCUUCGGCAGGAGAUCGAGCUUCUGAAAGAUCAGGUGAACCAUCACCCUGAGGUGACCCGUCUGGCCAUGGAGAACCACGGGCUGAGGAAGAAGCUGAAGGAGCUGCGCACCCCGGAGUACCUGAGUAACAAGGCCUACAGCGCACAGCAGGUCAUGGAGCUGGAGAACAGCUUCAAGGAACUCAUGGCAAAGGACGAUGGAGGUGCCCCUGCAGUGGACCGCAGAACCAGCCUGACUGCUGCAGGCACUCCGCUUGCUGCGGACACCGUUUCCGCGGCAACUGUGGAGAAACUGAAGUCAAAGGUGCAGAAACUGCAGGAGGAGUUGGAUAUGACUAAGGAGAACCUUCAUCAGAUGGAAGGGUCCUGGGAGAAACAGAAGCUGGAGUUGGAGUCUGAGCUGGCCUCCUACAAGACGUCUACCCAGGAGCUGGAGAAGGUUCUGGAGGCCUGUCAGGUCCGCAACAGGAUCAACAGGACCACCUUGAACGACAUUCACAUGGAAACCAUCAAGAACCUGACUCCCAGUAAGAAGGCCCUGUACCACCUCAGGAACAGGGUUGUCCAGCAGCCUAUUCCAUUUGACCUGGAGGGGGAGACAGGUGAGGAAAAAAGCGAGGACAUUGACAGCGUGCUCCCUCCGCCGGAAAUGAUUCAGCAGUGUGCCGAGGCUCUACAUGACGAGAUCAGGCAAUUACAGGAUGUGAACAACAGCCUGACUCGUGAUCUGGAGAACCGCGAAACAGAACUCCUGAAGUUGAAGCAGUGCAGUGCCAAGUAUGAACACCAGGUGGAGCAACUAAACCAGCGUCUAUCAACCAAGGAGACCAAACUGUCUCAACUAACGACUGAGGAGGCAAAACUCCAAGAGCAGUUCAAGGAGCUAACAGACAAUAACUCAGUGCUGACUGAUGAGGUAUCAGACCUCCGUGUGGUGCUGUCGUCAGCUGACCGUGAACUCAGCGACUCCAAGCAGAAAAUGGAGGAACUGCAGGCCAAGUACAACUCUCAGUUGGCAGAGUUAGAAUCCAAGGUUGUUGGUCUGAGCGGAGAGCUGUCGACGACCCGUCAGGACAUGGACCAUGUAGAGGAGGAGAAGAUGCAGCUGCAGGACAUGCUGGACAGUCUGCAGCAGGAGCUGCAGUUCCUCAAACAUCAGCAGCAGGAGAAGGAGGCGCUGCUGCACCAGGAGAAGACCUGCAGUGCACAGCUGGAGAAAGAAAAACAGUCCCUUGCAGAACAGCUGGAGGACCAGAGAGCAGAGAACAAAACCCUGCAGGCCAGGCUGGAGCAGGAGAUGACAGAACAGGAGGAGCUGACCAGGGUCAACCAGGACCUGGCCACACUGAAGGCUCAGCACGAGGGACUGGUCACACAGUACCAGGACAAGCUGGCUGAACUGUGCCAGGUCAGCAAGGAACUGGAACAGGCCAAGGGGACUGUACAGACACUACAGAAGCGCCAAGCUGAGGAUAAGGAAGCCCUUUCCAACCUGAUGUCCACAGCACAGGACCUGAGGCAGCAGGUACACGACAAGACCAGCCAGCUGGCCUCAGUCGAGUCUGAACUGGCUGAGCGCGUGCAGGCCAUCCAGAUGGCAGAGUCAGUCCGGGAGGAACACCUGCAGACCAUCGCAGCACUGCAGCAGGAAACUACCGAGCUGCAGCUGCAGGUGGAGAGGGAGAAGAGCUCACAGGAGUGUGAGAUCAGCAUGUUGCGAGAGGACCUGUCCUACACUACAGAGCUGUAUUCCCAGCUGACUGAAGAACUGGAGAAACAGAACCAGCACCUGGCUGCCUCUCAAACACAGACAGAAGAAGCCACCAGGAAAAUGCUGGAGAUACAAAAUCUGCUUAUUGACAAAGACAAUGAGCUCAGAGACAUGAAAAGACAAUUUGAAGAGAAGCUACGUGAAGUCGAGCAGCAGGCCAUCAUUGAGAUCUCGCCGGAGACUCCUGAGCGGACAGAGCUGAAGGGUCUAAUUGACCGACAGAACGAGGAACUGGACAAGCUGCGCGCUGACCAGGCCACAGUCAUGGCACAACUUGACCAGUACGAGACUGCUCGUAAGCUGAAGAAUGAGGAAAUCUGUGCUCUAAAGACCGAAAAAGAAAACUUGAAAGCAGAGAGAGACCUGCUGGCUACAACGCUGCAGGGACUCGAGUAUAAACUGGAGGCCAACAGGGAAGAAGCAGAGCAGAGGGAUGCUUUGUACCAGUUUGAGGUGGACAACCUGAAAAGGAACAUGGCCAGUCAGAAAACAGCUCUGGAUGAAGCUAUUAAGACAAAGGAUGAGUCAGUUCAGCUUACAAUGCAGCUGCAGCAAGACCUUGAUGACUUUAAGGAACAACAGACCAAACUGGAUGAGAGUACUGCAAUGAUGGCAGAAGAACUAGUCAGGUUACAGUCCCUAGAGGCAAAACAUUUUGAAGAAAAGGAGACUCUCAGAUCAUGUUUGGAAGAGACUAUGGAGGAAAAGACCAGGAUUGGCAAGGAGUUGAAGAAAAUUGAAGCGAAAUGUGAACAACUGUCGAUGGAGAACACCAAACUUGUGGGUCAUCAGAACCAUAACCAGAAAAUCCAGCUCCACGUGGCCAUCAAGAAGGAAAACAAUGAACUAAAGGAUGAAAUCGCCAAGCUGCGAAAGCAACUGUGGCAGAAGAACAACCAGCUGAGCCAGCGGGAAGCUGAUGCCGGCAGGUCCAGACACAAGUCAGCCGACGCCGGCACCCAGGGCCGCAACAAGGAGAACCACCACCUGGGACCACAGAACGUCAUCGUAUGACAGACAGACUUCUGGUACAACCCCUACAGUCCAUGUCUGUAACUAACAACACCUCUCACUGGCUUGUAUUUCGAUGACCUUCUACUUCAAGAACAUUUUGUAUAUAUUGAUUCUGUCUCUGUUGUCACCAUGUGUCUGUAUUUGGUGGCACUUAUCCAAUUAGAAAUUAGAUCAUGUCCUGUCUCCAAAGUCUAAUUUGUGCCACACUCUGAGAAAGGUCUUUCUUUGCAAAUGUACAUUUUGUUGUACGCUAAUCUAUAAGGUGUAAGAAAUGCUUGAUGUUUCUGUAUUAAUGAAGAUAGUGGUAGACAGUAAUGGCAGAUUGCGAUUCAUACAAGGUAUGUUUGACUAUUGAUGAAGACACUUUGUAACUACAUUGUAUAUGACUGGUGUGGGUACACAACUUACAAGUUCAUGAAUGGAAAAUUACUUAUGACUUUUAGCUGAACCAUAAUUGGUUCAAGUCCACAAAACACAGCCUUGGAUCAUUUCCUCCAUGAAUUGAGGUUGGCCUCACUUGAAAAUGUACUUUGAAAUUCAGAAUAAUACUCUUCAGCAUGUCGCUCAUCAUCAUACCACUAACUGUUCUGUCUUUUUAUUUACACACACUUGUGAUAUGUCUUGUUCUAAAUUUUUUAUCCUAUCAAUUUUCGCUCAAAUCUCUCUCAGGAAUAUCAGACAUUAUCAUCUCUCAAUGAAUUUUAAUGUUAACUUAAAGGUUAAUGUGCUGGUUUUCAAAAAAGAGUGGCAAUGGUGCUUACUAUGUACACUUUACCAUUUCAAAAAUUACUCCUUUUAUGAACAGGAUCCAGACAUGUUAUUUCAUAGAUUAGUUGGUCACUGUAAUUUUUAU